UUCUGCUUAGAAAACUUUAGGAAAUUAUUCUAAAAGCAUCGUAAAGGACGAGGAAAAAUAAGUAAAACUACAAUGUGCUUUUAAUUCCACUGGUUGUGGAAUAUCUCCUAUAAUGAAUAUUUUGUUGUGAAAGUUCGAAAAGAUACUUUACGUCGAGUGAAAACAUGAACGUCAAACAUAUGCUGAACCGUUUUCGAAUUAUUUCAGGAUUGUAGGCGCACUUGGUUCAAUAUACAAAAAUGGCUAAAACCAAAGUUGAAAAACGUAAUAAAUCAGCUAUUAAUGAAGUAGUGACCCGCGAGUGUACCAUACAUUUAGCUAAACGGGUGCAUAACGUCGGCUUUAAGAAGCGUGCACCACGAGCCAUCAAGGAGAUCCGCAAAUUUGCGGAGAAAGAAAUGGGCACCUCCGAUGUACGAAUCGACACUCGUUUAAAUAAACACAUCUGGUCUAAAGGUAUCAGAUCCACACCUUUUCGCGUUCGGGUGCGUUUAGCUCGACGCCGCAAUGACGAUGAAGACUCUCCGAAUAAGUUGUUUACAUUGGUCACGUAUGUCCCUGUGGCCACAUUCAAAAAUCUGCAAACCGAAAAUGUGGAAUCUAACGAUGAUUAAGACAUGUAUUUCAUCCAACGGACGGAAGGCAGUAUCGCUAUAGUGCAGUGCAUGUGUAGUGAUGAGAAUUUUUUUUCAUUAAUAAAUAUAAAAACUAAUAAAACCUGUAGAGGUAGUCA